GCUUUGAGGAGGAAUUAACUUUCUUAUUCGAAAACACAUCAUUUAUUCGCUCAAACAAAGUCCAAGGGUCUCAGUUGGAUUGAAACUCUCGAGUGGCCAACAUCUUCAGAGUGACCACCACCACGGCUGAAAAAUGAAGAUAUCGAAAGGUUCCUUAGCCAUUUUGAUGGUGGCAGCAUGUCUUAUCAGCCCUUCGACUGCUCUGCCAGAUUUUCUGGCCCCGUUCAGAUCCAUGCUGGGGAAGAAACACCAGCCCCAAGGGGCCGGAUCGUCCCCCAGUCCGUACAGUAAACCACUCUCUUCACCCAAAGAUCCCAGUGCUAGUCAUGUCAAUAAACAUUUUGGAGGGCCAGGAGGUCCAGGGCCCCAAGGUGGUCCGGAGGAUGAUGAUCCCUUCAACUCGAAUUUAGGGUUUGGAAGGCCCCCAUCGCCAAAUAGUGACUAUGGCGGUGGUGGUGGUGGACCACGUCCAUAUUCUCCUUCGUCAGGUGCCCCUUAUUCUUCGGGGGGUCGACCAGGAGGUCAAUUUGGGGGCCGACCUGGAAGACCGAUUUCUGGCGCGAGUCGUCCAGUAAGACAACAACCAGGGUCCGGAUAUCGACCAAGUUUUGGCGGUGGACCGCCAUCAUCGUCAUCCUCGUUCGGUGGGAGACCUUCAUCCUCCUACGGAUCGUCACCAUUUGGCGGUAGCAGUGGUGGUCCUCCUUCGUCCUCUUCACACCGAGAUCAUCAUCCCCAUCCCCAAGGACCUCCAAGCUCGAGUGGUGGUGGUGGUUCUGACUCAGGUUACAAAUAUCAAGACGACGGCGAGAGCGGUGGACCACCAAGCGGUCCCAGCUCCUAUGACGACGAUGGUCCUCCUUCCAGUUCUCCGUAUGGCCGACCUGGUCCUGGUGGACCGUCCCCAUUCUCUUCUUCGCCGCAAGGCCCACCCUCCUCGUCACCUUAUCGAGGCGGUGGUCCCGGUGGUCGUCGUCCUUCUUAUCCUCCAUUCUCCAGCUCUUCCGAUGACGAUAGCGGACCCCCACGCGGCGAAGAUGGCCCACAAGGACCAGGAUUCUCCGGUUUCGGAUCUUUCCCCGGAAGUAAUGAUGACGAAGACUCUCCUCCCCCUCCACGUGGUGGACCACGAGGACCACCACGUGGCGGCGGAAGUAGCGCACCACCCUCCUUCGGUCCCUUCGGACCAAGCGAUGACGAAUCAUCGUCCAGUGGUCCUCCAGCUUAUCAACCGUCUCGACCAUCCUUCGAAGGCUCUCCUUCGUCCGGAUUCCGACAAGGAGGAGGAGGACCCCCACCACAAGGGCAAGAUGACGGACCAACCCAAUUCUUCGCUUCGUCUCCAGGAGGCUCCGAAUAUCCGGAACAAUACCAAGAAGCUCCACGUGGAACGAGGAAUCCUCAAAUCAUUUCGUCAAACGAUGUGAACAAAUAUCCUGCACAAAUUGAAGACGACGACCAAGGAGGACAAGGAGGAUUUGGAAGUGGCAGUUAUUCCAGUGGACCUCCACCCUUCCGCAGUGGUGGUGGACCCUCAAAUGGGCCAUGGAAUGGACAGAACAGCCCAGGAAGUGGACCAUUCGGUGGUGGUGACGAUGGUCAAAGCAGUACGCCCUCCUACAAGCCAAGACGUCCCUCAUCGCCAUCAUCUUUCGGAGGGGGACGACAAUUUGGUUCAGGAUCUUCUUACCCACGACCACGACCAGUCUCUCCUCUCGGUGGAGGUGGAUAUCAUCAACAAGCCUCGACAGACAGUGUGCAGUAUGGCAAACCGAUGAUGAUGUCGGCCUCCUCCUCACUCGAGGUCCAACAACCACGUGUUAAAAUCCCGAGGAGACAGAGAAAACGGUACUCCGCCAAAAUUUCGGGACCACCUCCACAAAGUCAAAUGGUUGAACCGGCCGUUGGGCAGAGAAUAGUUCCCCUUGUGUCCCAAAAAGAUCCAAACUUUCAAGCGUCCUCGCUCAACCCAGUUUCAGCCCCUUUCGAACCUGACACCGCUGCGUCCGGCGGUCACGAGCACGGCGGGGGUCACGAAGGUCUGAGCCAUAACGGAGAUCGAAUCCUGUACCAUGUCGGUGGACACAAAGGACCCCACUCGUACAGAUUUGGCUACGACACCGGAAAAGGGUACAACCGACUAUUUCGUUUCGAAGAGAAGGAUGGCAAGGGUUACGUGAAAGGAAAGUACGGAUUUUACGAUAAGCACGGAAAACUUCAAGUCAUCAAUUACGAGGCACACCCAAAACACGGUUUUCACGCCGAACGGGCCCAAUCCCACCACUAAUUCUCGUCGGCUUAUGAAAUUUAACUACUAAUUUUUAUGUAAACGUUGUAAAUACAACUACAAAAUCAUAGGCACAUUUUUUUACGAGUAUGAAUGACGACUGCCUUUAAAAACUAAACUUGUUACGCAAUUUGUUGUUAAAAUGGGAACAUUUCAUUGUUUUCAUUGUUUCUUAAUGUAGGGUCUUGUUGUUUUUGUUUAAAAUAAUUAUUUUUGUAUUUUAUGCAAACUAGUUAAUUCAAAUGUUAAUAAAGAAAUAUUUGAAGAA